GAGUGAUAUGUCAAAAGGCAACAUGCCCGACUUCAGAGAGGGAGAGCCACUCUCUGAGCAAAGAUAUUGAAGGAUAUUCAACACUCUAGCUGCCGUGGAGCUGCUGAUUCAAGCAAUGAUAUGUUACAGUAUUUCAUGCCAUAGUUUUCUCAGAGUGCAGACAGAGUGUUAGCUUGAACAUAAAAUCAAGUAGAUUAUCUGUCGUAUAACAUUUCUUUUAGGAGCAGCAUUGCUUAAAGGUGCUACAUGCAAUGUGUUUAUUUAAAAUAUUAAACAUUGAAGAGUGAUCUGGAAAUAGCAACAGAGUUUGAAAAGACAACAUAUCCAAACACCUGUACUCUGUGUUGCCCAGUUAUCCACAAAAGUUAGCCUGGAAACCAGCUAUCAUUGGCCAGCUUUUUUCACUUUUUACCACAUGUGAUGCCCCCUGCUAGGGUCAGGGAACUAUAACAAAGCUAAAUAAAGCAAGGGCAAAAUACGGCAGACAACUGAGGGUAAAUUUGAAAAUAAUCAACAAUUUAUUAUAAUUAAACUAGAACAUAAAUGAAUGCAAAAAGCAAUGUUCUAAACAAAUAGCAAGUGAAGGCCAGAAGGCCAAAAAACGAAGCCGCCCAAUUUCCAGGCCUCUCUCCCAGAUUCUCACUCUGAGAGGGACUGGAGACCUGGACGUAGUGUGGGCGAGAGCGGAAAGCGGAGAACAAAGUGUAGCGUGGCGUGGCAGCGGUGGCGUUCUGCGAGGAACCAAAAAAACCAACCGGCCCCCCGGAGUGACGUCAACCAACCCCUUUUAUAGGGCUGGUCCAGCAAUUAAGCCCCCUGCUGGAGUGUCUGAAAAAUACAGAGAGACAGCAGGAACACAAAACAGCUAGGGACGUAACACCACAUGUGAUGCUUACAAUGAAAGUCAUUGGAUGGUGACGUUGCAAGCUCACUGUUUUGUUUAAGAGAACAUGGACAUUACACAUACCCUCUUUAACCUGUGGGAGAGAGAAUAUGAAAUCAGCCAGAUGGAUCAUGGUUACAGUGUAGCAUUUGAGACCAUAAACCUGAGUCACCAGAAUAUUCAAGCAAUCAGACCGGCUAGUGGUCCUUUACUCAAGACUCAACAAAACAAACCUACUUCAACUAUCCUGUGAGACCAUGUAUUAUCAUAGAGAUAUGCCUAGCUUUGAAGAAAAAAAGUUACUUUGUUUGCCUGUCUUAUGCCAGAGUGGUUUUGUUAACUAUUGCGUAUGUGUAUGUGUUGAUUUACUGUAAUAUGCGAUGGCUCUUAAAUGCUUCUUUCUGUUUCAUAGUGUCAAGGAGAAGAGAUCAGAGUCACCUACAGAGAGUUCUGUGUCCAUGAGGAGUGAUAUGUCAAAAGGCAACAUGCCCGGCUUCAGAGAGGGAGAGCCACUCUCUGAGCAAAGUGUCAAGGAGAAGAGAUCAGAGUCACCUACAGAGAGUUCUGUGUCCAUGAGGAGUGAUAUGUCAAAAGGCAACAUGCCCGGCUUCAGAGAGGGAGAGCCACUCUCUGAGCAAAGUGUCAAGGAGAAGAGAUCAGAGUCACCUACAGAGAGUUCUGUGUCCAUGAGGAGUGAUAGGUCAAAAGGCAACAUGCCCGGCUUCAGAGAGGGAGAGCCACUCUCUGAGCAAAGUGUCAAGGAGAAGAGAUCAGAGUCACCUACAGAGAGUUCUGUGUCCAUGAGGAGUGAUAGGUCAAAAGGCAACAUGCCCGGCUUCAGAGAGGGAGAGCCACUCUCUGAGCAAAGUGUCAAGGAGAAGAGAUCAGAGUCACCUACAGAGAGUUCUGUGUCCAUGAAGAGUGAUAGGUCAAAAGGCAACAUGCCCGGCUUCAGAGAGGGAGAGCCACUCUCUGAGCAAAGGCUUAAUGACGCCAGCAUAACAGCAGAAGGCUGUGGUGCUCUUGCUUCAGCUCUGACAUCAAAUCCCUCACACCUGAUAGAGCUGAAUUUGAGUGGGAUCAAACUAGGAGACCCAGGGGUGAAGCACAUCUCUGCUAUGCUGCAUAAUCCAGACUGUAAACUACAGAAACUGCUACUAUCUGACUGUGGUGUAACAGCGGAAGGAUACGCAUCUCUUGUUUCAGCUCUAACACCAGAGCACUCACACCUGGUAGAGCUGGAUUUGAGAGGGAACGACCCUGGAGACUCAGGAGUGAAGCUGAUCUCUGAUUUACAUAAUUUAGUCAAUGAUAAAAAAUGUAAACUUCAGACCCUGAGGUUGCUGAAGAGUGAUGCUGCAGAGAAAGCCUCUGUGUAUCUGACGUCAGUUCUAGGUACAAACCCCUUAUGUCUCGCAGAGCUGAAUCUCAGUAAGAAGAAACCAGGAGACUCAGGAGUGAAGCAACUCUGUGCUCUACUGAAGGAUUCACACUGCAAACUGAAGAAACUUACACUUAAUGACGGCAACAUAACAGGUGAGGGAUGUAGUGCUCUCAUGUCAGCUUUGACAUCAAACCCCUCACACCUGGUGGAGCUGAAUCUUAGUGGGAAUAAACUAGGAGACUCAGGAGUGAAGUACAUCUCUGCUCUGCUAAAAGAUCCACUCUGUAAACUGGAGAAACUGGAGCUUCAUAACAUCAGCAUAACAGAUGAGGGUUGUUCUGCUCUGACUUCAUCACUGACAUCAAACCCCUCACACCUGAUAGAGCUGAAUCUAAGUGGAAAUGAACUAGGAGACUCAGGAGUGAAGCACAUUUCUGCUCUACUAGAGAGUCCAGAUUGUGAACUACAGAAAUUGCUGAUUAACGACAGUGGUUUAACAGAAAAAGGCUGUGGUGAUCUUGCUUUAGCUCUCAGAUCAAAGCCAACACAUCUGAUAGAGCUGGACUUGAGUGUGAAUAAACUAGGAGACUCAGGAGUGAAGCACAUCUCUGCUCUAAUAGAGAAUACUUUCUGUAAACUGCAGAGACUGCGGCUUAAUAACAGCAGCAUAACAGCAGAUGGCUGUGCUGCUCUUGUUGCAGCUCUCACAUCAAACCCUGCACACCUGAUAGAGCUGAAUCUGAGUGGUAAUAAACUAGGAGACUCAGGAGUGAAGCACAUCUCUGCUCUGCUGGGGAAUCCAGAAUGUCAACUACAGAAACUAUUACUUAAUGACAGCAGUAUAACAGAGGAAUCCUGUGAUGCUCUUGCUUCAGCUCUGAGGUCAAACCCCUCAGACCUGAUAGAGCUGAAUCUGAGUGGGAAUAAACUAGGAGACUCAGGAGUGAAGCACAUCUCUGCUCUACUGGAGAAUCCAGACUGUAAACUACAGAAACUGCUACUUAUUGACAGCAGUAUAACAGACAAGGGCUGUGCAACUCUUGUGUCAGCUUUGAAAUCAGACCACUCACAUCUGAUAGAGCUGAAUCUGACUGGAAAUGAACUUGGAGACUCAGGAGUGAAUCACAUCUCUGAUCUACUAAAGAAUCCAGACUGCAAAUUACAGAAAUUGCUGUUUAGUAACAUCAGUAUAGCAGAUGAAGGCUGUGCUGCUCUGACUUCAGCUCUGACAUCAAAUCCCUCCCACCUGGUAGAGCUGAAUCUGAGUGGGAAUAAACUAGGAGACUUAGGGGUGCUGAAGAUCUCUGCACUAUUGGAGAAUCCAAAGUGUAAACUACAGAAACUUCUACUCUCAGACUGUAGUAUAACAGGUGAUGGAUAUGCUGCUCUUGCUUCAGCUCUUAAAUCAGAGCACUCCCACCUGAUAGAGCUGGACCUGAGAGGAAAUUACCCUGGACACACAGAAUUGGAGCUUGUCAGAGAUUUACAUAAUUUACUCAAUGAUAAAAAAUGUAAACUCGAGACCCUGAGGUUGUUGAGAAGCGAUGCUGCAGAGGAAGCCUGUGCUUAUCUGACUUCAGUUCUAGGUACAAACUCCUUGCUCCUGACAGAUCUGGACCUGAGUGGAAAGAAACCAGGAGUGAAGCAGUUCUGUGCUCUACUGGGGGAUUCACACUGCAGACUGCAGAAACUUAAGCUUAAUGACUGCAGUGUAACAGAUGAGGAUUGUGCUGCUCUGACUGCAGCUCUGGCAUCAAACCCCUCACACCUGAUGGAGCUCAAUCUGAGUGGGAAUAAACUAGGAGACUCAGGAGUGAAGCACAUCUCUGCUUUAUUACAGAAUCCAGACUGUAAACUACAGAAACUGCUACUUUCAGAGUGUAAUAUAACAGGAGAAGGAUAUGCUGCUCUUGCCUCAGCUCUGAAAUCAAACCCUUCACACUUGGUAGAGCUGGACCUGACAGGAAAUGACCCUGGAGAAUCAGGAGUGGAGCUGCUCACCAAUUUAAAGAAGAAUCCAACAUGUAAACUAAAUAAACUGAGGUUGUUGAAGAGUGAUGCUGCAAAAAAAGUCUGCUCUUCUCUGAUUAAAGUUCAUGGAAUAAACCCCUUACUCGUGACAGAGCUGGAUCUGAGUGGGAAGAAACUAGGAGACUCAGUAGCGAAGCAGCUUUCUGCUGUACUGGAGGAUUCACACUGCAAAUUGCAGACGCUUAAACUUGCAGACUGUGGUAUAACUGGUGAAGGAUAUGCAGCUCUGGCCUCAGCCCUGAAAUCAAACCCCUCACACCUGAUAGAGCUGGAUCUGAGAGGGAACGACCCUGGAGACUCAGCAGUGAAACUACUCACUGAUUUACAUAAUUUAGUUUAUGAUAGAAAACAUAAACUAAAGAUCCUGAGGUUGUUGAAAAGUGAUGCUGCAGAGGAAGCUUCUGCUUAUUUGACUUCAGUUCUAAGAAUAAACCCCUUACUCCUCACAGACCUGGAUCUCAGUAAGAAGAAGCCAGGAGACUUGGGAGUUCAGCAGUUUUGUGCUCUAUUGGAGGAUUCACACUGCAAACUGAAGAAACUUAAGCUUAAUGACAGCGGCCUAACAGAAGAAGGCUGUGCUGCACUGAUUGAAGCUCUGAAAUCAAAUCCCUCGCACCUGGUUGAGCUGAAUCUGAGUGGGAAUGAACUCAGAGACUCAGGAGUGAAUCACAUCUCUGCUCUACUCAAGAGUCCACACUGUAAACUACAGAAACUGCUGCUUAACAACAGCAGAAUAACAGAAAAAGGCAGUAUUACACUGGCUUCAGCUUUGAAAUCAAACCCCUCACACCUGAUAGAGCUGAAUCUGAGUGGGAAUAAACUAGGAGACACAGGGGUGAAGCAGAUCUUUGCUCUACUGAAAAAGCCAAAGUGUAAACUACAUAAACUGCUAUUAUCAGACUGCAGUGUAACAGAAGAAGGGUGUGCUGCUCUUGCUGCAGCUCUUAGAAUAAACCCCUCACACCUGAUAGAGCUGAAUCUGAGUGGGAAUGAACUAGGAGAUUCAGGAGUGAAGCACAUCACUGCUUUACUAAAGGAUCCAUGCUGUAAACUGGAGAAACUGCUAAUUUCACAUUGUGGUGUAACAGGUGAAGGGUAUGCCAGUCUUGCAUCAGCUCUUAAAUCAGAGCACUCAAACCUGAUAGAGCUGAAUCUGAGAGGGAAUGACCCUGGACCCAGAGGAGUGGCUGAUUUACUAAAUAUCGUGAUCAAAAAUGCUCAAAAAUGUGAUCUGAAGUUGUUGAACAGUGAUGCUGCAGAGAAAGCUUGUGCUCAUCUGACUUCAGUUCUAGGUACAAACCCCUUAUUCCUGACAGAGCUGGAUCUGAGUGAGAAGAAACCAGGAGACUCAGGAGUGAAACAGAUCUCUGCUCUGCUGGAAGAUUCACUCUGCAAAUUGCAGAGGCUUAGGCUUUAUGACAGCAACUUAACAGACAAGGGCUGUGUUCAUCUGAUUAAAGCUCUCACAUCAAACCCCUCACACCUAAAAGAGCUGAAUCUGAGUGGAAAUAAAUUAGGAGACUCAGGAGUGAAGCACAUCUCUGUUCUGUUGGAGAAACCAGACUGUAAACUGGAGAAACUGCAGCUUCAUAACAACAGCAUAACAGCAGAAGGCUGUGCUGCUCUGACUUCAGCUCUCAUAUCAAACCCCUCACACCUAAUAGAGCUGGAUCUGAGUGGAAAUAAACUGGGAGACUCAGGAGUGAAGCACAUUUCUGCUCUCCUAGAGAAACCAGACUGUAAACUACAGAAACUGCUACUUAAUGACAGCAUAAUAGCAAAUAAGGGUGGUGAUGCUCUGACUGAAGCUGUGACAUCAGAUCCCUUGCUCCAUCUCAAAGGGAAUAAACUAGGACACUCUGGAGAGAAGCAGGGAUCUUUUCUGUUGGAAUAUCCCACCUGUAAACUACACCUUCCAAAGGAACACUGCGGGUGUAAGUCUGAAGGAAUGAAAAAUCUGGCUCUCAAGAAGAUGGUUCAUGAAGAUGUAUUCGACACAUUCACUGAUCUUAAGAGAAUUGUAAUGAAAUUUAUGAACGACGAGUGGGAGAGGUUCAAGAGACUUCUGAAAAAAGAAAAGAUUAAAUACAAUGACAGGGGAGCUGAUGAAAACCAGAGCGCCAGAGAGGCGGCUCUCAACAUCACAUUGCACUUCCUAAAGAAGAUAAACCGGAACGACCUCGCAGAUACUCUGGAAAACUGUCCAAUAGAGAUGUGUCAGCGUGAGCUUAAGUCAAAUCUGAAGAAGAAAUAUGAAUGUGUAUUUGAAGGAAUAGCAACGCAAGGAAAAUCUGAACUCCUAGAGAGGAUCUACACAGACCUCUUCAUCACAAAGGGUGGAAGUGGUGCAGUCAACAAAGAACAUGAAGUGAGACAUAUUGAGAAAGCAUCUGGGAGUUCAGAAGAGAAACUGAUUGAGUGCAACAAUAUCUUUCAAUCAUUACCUGGAGAAGACAAACCCAUCAGAACUGUACUUACAAAGGGAGUUGCUGGCAUUGGAAAAUCCAUCUCUGUGCAGAAGUUCAUUCUGGACUGGUUAAAAGGAAAUGCAAAUCAAGACAUCGAUUUGAUUUUUCCACUUCCUUUCCGGGAGCUGAACUUAAAGGUCCAAAGGUGCAGUUUUAUGGACAUUCUUCAUCAAUUUUUUCCAGAGACAAAAGGAUUGAUGUUUACCAAAAAUAAUAUGUACAAAGUGCUGUUUGUCUUUGAUGGCUUGGAUGAAUGUCGGCAUCCUCUUGCAUUCAAGAAAAAUGAGAUCUGGUCUGACUUAACCACAUCAACCUCAGUGGAUGUUCUUCUGACAAACCUCAUCAAGGGAAAUCUGUUUCCUUCUGCUCUCAUAUGGAUCACUUCCAGACCAGCUGCUGCCGGUUGCAUCCCUCCUGACUAUAUUGACCAGGUGGCUGAGAUACGUGGGUUUAAUGAGGAACAGAAAGAAGAGUACUUCAGGAAGAGAAUCACUGAUGGGAUACUGGCUGACAAAGUCAUCCAACACAUGAAAGAAUCAAGAAGCCUCUAUAUCAUGUGUCACAUCCCUGUCUUCUGUUGGAUCUCAGCUACUGUUCUUGAAAGAAUAUUGGAAGAAAUAGAAGCUUCAGAGGAAACAGAGAGUUCUGACAAAGAGCAAACCCUGAAGACACUGACUCAAAUGUAUUCUCACUUCCUGAUCUUUCAGACCAGACGAUCGACUGAGAAGUACGGAGAGAAGUGUGCUUACGACACAGAGUGGGAUGAAAAGAGCAUUCUGGCUCUGGGACAGCUGGCUUUUCAGAACUUGCUGAAAAACAAUCUGAUCUUCUGUGAAAACGACCUGAUGCAGUGUGGCAUUACUGUGGAUGAUGCUUCUGUGUACUCAGGAGUGUGCACACAGAUCUUUAAACAGGACUCAGGGGUGUUUAUUGGCACAGCCUUCUGCUUUGUACAUCUGAGCAUUCAAGAGUUUUUCGCUGCUUUAUAUUCACACAUGUCUUUCAACAAACACCGAAAUAAUGUUUUUGUUGACCAGGACACAUCAGAGGAGAAGGAAAGUAGAACAGUGACGGGACUGCUCAAGAGUGCAGUGGACAAAGCUUUGAAAAGUGACAGUGGACACUUUGACCUUUUUCUCCGCUUCCUUCUGGGUCUCUCACUGGAGUCCAAUCAAAAGCUCUUAGAAGGUUUACUGAUACAGGCAGGAAACAGCUCCCAGGAAAAAGAGGAAAUAGUCAAAUACAUCAAGGAGAAGUUCAAAGAGAAUCCUUCGCCAGAGAGGUCCAUCAAUCUGUUCUAUUGUCUCAAUGAACUGAAUGACAAAUCUCUAGUGGAGGAGAUUCAGAACCACCUGAGGUCUGGAAGUCUCUCUAGUGCCGAGCUUUCACCUGCUCAGUGGUCCACUCUGGUCUUUGUGUUGAUGACAUCAGAGGAGCAGAUGGAAGAGUUUGACCUUCAAAAGUACAUCAGGUCAGAUGAAUGUCUCAGGAGACUCCUGCCAGUGGUCAAAACAGCCACCAAAGCAUUUUUGGACAACUGUAAUCUAACACUGGAAAGCUGUUCAGCUCUUGCCACAGUCCUCAGCUCAAGCUCCACCAGUCUGAAAGAGCUAAACCUGAGCAACAAUGAAAUAAAAGAUUCUGGAGUGCAGGUGCUUGCUGAAAAACUGGGAAAUCCACAAUGUAAAUUGGAGAGCCUGAGACUCUCAGAUUGUGGUAUUACUGGUAAAGGAUAUAUUGAUUUGGCUGUAGCUCUGAAAUCAAACCCUUCACACCUGAAAGAGCUGGACCUGACAGGAAACGACCCUGGAGACUCAGGAGUGAAACUGCUCACUGAUUUACUGAAUGAUCAAGCCUGUAAACUGGUCAAACUCAGGUUUUUACAUGAUGAUGCAAAGAAAGCCUGUGAUUAUCUGACUAAAGUUCUAGAUAAAAACCCCUUACUCCUGACAGAGCUGGAUCUGAGUGGAAAUAUACCAGGAGACUCAGGAGUGAAGGAAUUCUCUGCUCUACUGGAGGAUUCACACUGCAAAUUGCAGAAACUUAAGCUUAAUAACAGUCUAAUAACAGAAGAAGGCUGUGCUGCUCUGACCUCAGCUCUCUGCGGGCUUGAUAGCAAGAGUGCACGAGAGGAAGGCUCUGCUGCUCUGACUUUAACUGCCAGAUCAAAGCCCUCAUGUCUGAUAGAACUGAACCUGAGUGGGAAUGAACUAGGAGACUCAGGAGUGAAGCACAUUUCUGCUUUACUGGAGACUCCACUCUGCAAACUGCAGAGACUAGAUCUGUCAGACUGUAGUAUAACAGGAGAAGGAUAUGCUGCUCUGGCCUCAGCUCUGAAAUCAAACCAUUCCCAACUGAUAGAGCUUGACCUGAGAGGGAACAACCCUGGAGACUCAGGAGUGAAACUGCUCACAGAUUUAGUGCAGGAUCCUGCCUGUAAACUGGUGACACUGAGACUGUUAAAAAGUGAUGCUGCAGAGGAAGCCUGUGAGUAUCUGAGGUCAGUUCUAGGUACAAACCCCUUACUGCUGAAAGAGCUAGAUCUGACUAAGCAUACACCAGGAGACUCAGAAGUGAAGCAGCUCUCUGCUCUACUGGAGGAUUCACAGUGCACGCUGGCAGUACUUAAGUUUUGCCAGUCAACAUCCAUUGGGCUGAGUCUUAGUAGAUCUUUGACAGAUCUGGGACAUCCAUCGCUAAUGUUAGCAAAGAACUACUUACAGCUUAAUGACAGCAGUAUAACAGAUGAGGGUUGUGCUGCUCUCACUUCAGCACUGACAUCAAAUCCCUCACACCUGAUAGAGCUGAAUCUGAGUGGGAAUAAGCUAGGAGACUCUGGAGUGAAGCAUAUCUCUGCUAUAUUACAGAAUUCACACUGUAAACUGAAGAACCUGCUACUCUCAGAUUGUAAUGUAACAGGAGAAGGAUAUGCUGAUCUGCUCUCAGCUCUGAAAUCAAACCACUCACAACUGGAAGAGUUGGAUCUGAGAGGAAACGAUUCUGGAGUCUUUGGAGUGGAACUUCUCACUGACUUCUACAAAUUACUUAAUGAUCAAACAUCUAAACUUCAGACGCUGAGGUUGUUGAGUGAUGCAGCAGGGGAAGCCUUUGAGUAUCUGACUGAAAUUCUAGGUACAAACCCCUUACUCCAGACAGAGCUGGAUUUGAGUGAGAAGAAACCAGGAGACUCAGAAGUGAAGCAGUUCUGUGCUCUACUGGGGGAUUUACACUGCAAACUGAAGUCACUUAACCUUAAUGACACCAACAUGACAAAUGAGGGCUGUGCUCAUCUGACUUCAGCUCUCACAUCAAACCCCUCACACCUGAUAGAGCUGAAUCUGAGUGGGAAUUCACUGGGAGACUCUGGAGUGAAGCAAAUCUCUGCUCUGCUGGGGAAUCCAGAAUGUAAACUACAGAAACUGGAGCUUAAUAAAAACAGUAUAGCAAAAGACGGCUGUGCUGCUCUGAAGGAAGCUCUCUUAUUAAACCCCUCCCACCUGACAGAGCUGAGUCUGAGUGAGAAUAAACUAGGAGACACAUCAGCAAAGCACAUCUCUGCUCUACUAAAGGAUUCACGCUGUAAACUGGAGAAACUGCAGCUUGAUCACAACCUCAUAACAGAAGAAGGCUGUGCUGCUCUUGCUUCAGCUCUGACAUUAAACAUCUCACGCCUAAGAGAGCUGCAUCUGAAAGGGAAUAAACUUGGAGACUCCAUUAAGAAGAUCGCUGGUCUACAGAGGGAUCCUAACUAUAAACUACAGACCCUGGUAUUGGACGAAGGUGGUUGGAUGAAAUGGCUUGGUUGGUGAUGCUUCCUCAACUCUGAGUGUGCCAGAUAGUGGUAGUGAGGGAGCCCAUCCACGGCAGGAAGAGCUAGGAGAUGGCCAUAAGGAGAUAAGGCAGUGCAGUAUAGACAUAAUAUUUUCAAGAUCGGCCAAUGUAAUACAAUUUGAAGAAUAGGCUAUAUGCUGCCUCACAGAAAGAGAAAAUUAAGUAUCAUGUAGUAUGAGCUCAUCAUCUGCUACUGUUUUUGUCUGAACGUUGGUAUUUGUUUAUGUUUUGUCGUUAAUAAGGACCAUAGGAUGUUGUAGACCCUACUUUACUCUAAGCUUGAAGUAGUUUAUAUUUACAAAACAAAAAAAGCAUGCACACAUACAUGAGGUUGACAUAGCAAGCAACACAGAUUACAAAGAUUUUGAUUUAUACACAUUGUGAACAAGAACUCACUCUUGUGUGUGUGUGAUCAUCUGCAUUCUUUUAAUUGAUUUAUUUGUCUUUUCUAUGUCUGUUAGUUCUGUUUUAUUUGUCGACAUAAAUGUUGACUGUUUUGUACAGAUAUUCUUAAGUGCACUUUCCAUAAUGAAAUAGCUUAGCUGAAGCAGACAAACAUCCAUAGAGUAAUCAAUUAUGGGAAAAUGAUGUUAUGGUAAGAUGUGCUACAAUUGUGUCCAUUUUAUUCUGUGUUGUUUAGUAUGAGUGUAGGUGUAACUUUAGAGAAUUAGGGAGAUUCCAAUGUGUUUUUCAGGAGUGUAUAACAAUGUAAACAUUCCUGGUGAGAUAUUUUAUUUGUAAUAUUACUUACUAUAAAUAUGUGGACUGUAAAUACCACUGUCUCUGGUGCUGAAAUGUGAUUAAACUGAUGUUAUUUUGGU